CUGCAUCACAUCUUAAUCUCCGCCUAAAGACAUACUCGCCCAAAAUUUCCCGCCGCGACCCCUCGAAUGCGCCCAGACUAGUCAUUGUGUCGCAACGCCCGUCUCGCUCUCCCCACACCCUCGAUCGUCCAUUUUUGCAGUCUGUACACCAAUUGGACAGUAGCAAUGUCUUCAAAACCAACAAUCGAACCCCCAGCUAUCAAAAAACGCGGUCGCCCGAAGAAAGUCGUAGCCGAGGAUGCGGGGACAACACCAGAAGUCGCAGCGAGCAAGGCGGUUGUGAAGAAGGCGGCCGCGAAACUAAGCACAAAGGAGAAAGUCGUGGAAGUCAAGAAAGAGAAGAAGGUGACUACGAAAAGCGGGAAGACUGCUCCUACUACUACUGCGACUGUUGCUGCGGGGAAGAAGAUUGCGCCCAAGUCAGCAAUUGCGCCAGCACAAGCUACGCCCGUCACACCGUCCACGAGCAAGAUAUUAGAGGAAGUGGAAGCCAAAGGGACGCUGAAGAAGGCAAAACAGCCAGAAAAGGUCGUAGAGAAAGAAGCCGAAGCAAGUGUACAAGACAGCAGGAAAACCGCGGCGUCGUCACAAUCCCCAGAAACAUCACCACCAAAGACUCAAUCCUUACAAUCGAAACCAACUCCACCCACAACUGCCUCCUUGUCGAAUAACAAAACAGCCUCAAACACGACUUCAAGGACAACAACGACCAUUCCACUCCCUUCAGUCCCCAAAAUCGCCCCCUCACCCGUCUACCCAGCGACUCCAAAACCUACAACCUCUCGUCCACACAAUCCCUACCCUUCCAUUCGACCCUCGCCAUCACAGCCACAACCUCGUCCACCGCCCUCUCCAUACCAGAAGCAACACCCUACGCGCAUAAUAGAACCCACGCCCGACAUCCGCCUCCCGCCCAAGUACAAACCUGCGGCGCGUAGAGUGACGGCGAUAAUAGUGGGUUUGCCCAUUAUUUUUGUAGUGGGGUAUGAGUUGUUCGAGCGGUGGAGGGGCAAAGACGUUAGGAAGAAGUUUGUCGAGGACAGGGAGGUUUUGAAACAAAUAGACAGAGAGAGGGAGAGGCAAGAAGGCAGCAAGUAAGGGCAUGUUAAUCAAUGAUGGAACGAGCUUAAUGUGGUAAUUUGUACUUUUAACAAUCUAUAUCAACUCUUCGUCUUGUCUUGUUUGUAUAGGGAAAAAGAAAGAGUACACGUAUAUCGAGUCCUGGGGUAUCGUCGCUCUU